CGGGGAAAGGAGAGGAACCUGGAGCCGGUGAGAAUUCCCCGCUUCCCCCUCUCGUCCUUUCCAGGCUUUUCCCCCCGACCUCGUCAUAGAGACGAGGGCCCGGAGAGUCCGUAAAGUGGAUGCUUAAAGCUUACAGUGGUAUCCCGGGGGCCCUACAUCUGGAAGGAGGUUCAGAAUAAAAAGAACGAGUCCUGGGAACAAUGCGGGUGGGGGCAGAGUGGAAUGGGAAAGAGGCCCAUAGAAGUGGAUGGAGGGCGCGAGCGGAGUAAAGCGGACCCGCACAGGUAUGGAGUUGAGGAUCAAGUGGAGUCACUGUCUCUGUUCCUCCUGUUAGCGUGAUGGCCAGAGGUCUAAGGGCCCCCCUCUGGGUGGCUGUGGGACUGCUGACCUGGGAGGCCUUGGGGCUGCUAGUGGCCGGGCACAGGGGUCAUGGUGACCUGCACGAGGACCUGCACGAGGACAUCCAUGGCCAGAGACAUUCACAUGAAGAUUUCCACCAUGGACACAGCCACGCCCACGUCCAUGGCCACACUCCUGAGAGCAUCUGGUAUGGGCAUACCCACGGUCACGACCACGGACAUUCACAUGAGGAUUUGCACCAUGACCAUAGCCAUGGCCACUCCCAUGAAAGUCUCUACCACAAAGGACAUGGACGUGACCAUGAGCACAGCCAUGGAGGCUAUGGGGAGGCUCCAGGCAUCAGGCAGGACCUCGACACUGUCUCUCUCUGGGCCUAUGCAUUGGGGGCCACAGUGCUGAUCUCCGCAGCUCCAUUUCUCAUUCUUUUCCUUAUCCCUGUGGAGUCGAACUCUCCGCGGCACCGGUCUCUGCUCCAGAUCUUGCUCAGUUUUGCUUCUGGUGGACUCCUGGGAGAUGCCUUCCUGCACCUUAUACCUCAUGCCUUGGAACCUCAUUCUCACCACCUUCAAGAGCAGGGGGGUCAUGGACACUCCCACAGUGGCCAGGGCCCCAUUCUUUCUGUGGGACUGUGGGUCCUCAGUGGAAUUGUCACCUUUCUUGUGGUGGAGAAAUUUGUGAGACAUGUGAAAGGAGAACAUGGACACGGUCACAGCCAUGGACAUAGUCACACACGCGGAAGUCAUGGACAUGGAACACAGGAGCAUUCUUCAAAGGAGAAACAGAACUCAGAGGAAGAAGAAAAGGAAGUAGGGGGAUUGAGGAAGCGGAGAGGAGGCAGCACAGGGCCCAAGGAUGGGCCAGUGAGACCUCAGAAUUCUGAAGAGGGAAAAACAGGUUCAGACCUGCGUGUAUCAGGAUACCUGAAUCUGGCUGCUGACCUGACACACAACUUCACAGAUGGUCUGGCCAUUGGUGCUUCGUUUCGAGGGAGUUGGGGAUUGGGGAUCCUGACCACAAUGACUGUCCUACUACAUGAAGUGCCCCAUGAGGUUGGGGAUUUUGCCAUCUUGGUCCAGUCUGGCUGCAGCAAAAAGCAGGCAAUGUGUCUACAACUACUGACAUCAAUAGGGGCACUGGCAGGCACAGCCUGUGCCCUUCUGACUGAAGGAGGAGCAGUGGGCAGUGAAGUUGCAGGUGGUACAGGUCCUGGCUGGAUUCUGCCAUUCACUGCAGGUGGCUUUAUCUAUGUAGCAACGGUGUCUGUAUUGCCUGAGCUGUUGAGGGAGGCAUCACCACUGCAGUCACUCCUGGAGGUGCUGGGGCUGCUGGGGGGAGUUGUCAUGAUGGUGCUGAUUGCCCACCUGGAGUGAGAGGUGGAAAUAACCACCCCCACCCCAGCCCCAAACCUCUAGCCUUUAAGCCCCCAUGUCAGGGGUCUGUGGAGGUUAGGGUCUCUGACCAGGUGCAUCUGCCAAAGGAAGUUGUAUCCUACAGAAGUGCUUAUUUCGGCAUGAGGGCAGCAAGGUUUUGGCAGAUUUAUGGGCCUAUAGGGAUGAGAAUGAGUGGCCAGAGGGACCUUAGUGUUGGGCAUGUGCUGACCAUGUUGUUGGAUUUUCGGGGUAAAUGGGGCCAUGUGGAAAGCUGGAAGACUAGUGAUGGCAGCCUACCCCAAGUCUCGUGCCCCACCUAUUCUCUAGAAAGCCAAGCUGCCACACAGAUUUCUCCAAGGUCCUCCUCCUCCCUCCCUCCCUCCCCCCCUCCCCUCUCCCCCUCCCUCUGGAGGCUUCAGGGAAGACAAGAGCCCUAAACCGGAUGGUGGGGACGGGGGCGGGAUGAAUAUCUAUUAAACGUCAAUCGUGAGUCCUGAUUUGGAAGUGAUGGGGGGAGCUUUAGUUACUAAUCUCAUGGUCUGAUUUUUAUUUUGUUUCUAAUUUUUUAUAUCGCUGUUUCAAUCGCGGGAGUGGGGUGGUGACCGGAAAUAAAGGCCUCGAAUCUUCCA